UGUCACGUGACCUCCCGGGGAAGCGUUGACAACAAAAGGAGGUUUUGUGUUAGUCUUGUCUUCUGUCCGGACAAACUACUACCAAGAUCAAGUAGUAGCGUGGAAACUUAUUUUAAAGGGGUUUUUUGCCGCCCGGGCGGGUUUUAUCCCGGACAGGACGCCCAGUUUGGCGGGUUUUGUCCACCUGGCUGGUUUACCUGCAGCAGAGCCGCCAUGGCCGUCACCAUGGAGAAGGUGCUGGGCGACGCUCGCACCCUCCUGGAGAGGCUGAAGGACCACGACACGGCGGCCGAGGGCCUGAUCGAGCAGUCCGGGGCCCUGAGCCGCAGGGUGCAGGAAAUGAGGGAGGUGGGCGAGGGCCCGCCGGACAAGCACACGGACGACAGGUCUGAGGUUCAGGAGUUAACCAAGUACAAGCCUCACGUCCUCCUGACGCAAGAAAACACUCAAAUCAAGGAACUGCAACAAGAGAAUAAAGAGCUGUGGCUGUCUCUGGAGGAGCAUCAGUACGCGCUGGAGCUGAUCAUGGGUCGGUAUCGCAAACAGAUGCUCCAGCUGAUGAUGGCCAAGAAGGAGCUGGACACCAAACCGGUGCUCAGCCUGCACGAAAACCACGCCAAGGAGGUGCAGAACCAGGUGGAGCGGAUCUGUGAGAUGGGCCAGGUGAUGAGAAGAGCCGUGCAGGUGGACGAUCAGCGCUACUGCUCUGUCCGAGAGAGGCUCGCUCAGCUCGAGAUUGAGAACAAAGAGCUCCGAGACCUGGUGGUUAUCAGCAGAGGAUCCGUGAAGGUGGUGAGAGAAGAACCCGACCAUGCGGCAGCAGAUUCAUGUGACCAGCCUUCUUCACCAGCGUCCAGCACCUGAUCGGCUCCUGAUCAGGACAUGAUCAGGACAUGAUCGGCACCUGAUCGGCACCUGAUCGGCACCUGAUCGGCACCUGAUCGGCACCUGAUCAGAGCAGCUCCAGUAUGAACUGUGUUCGGACCGGGAGGGGAAAAAAACAAAGUGUUUCAGGACCAGGAGACAGGGUCGAUGUCGUCUUCGUUGUUGGUCACAUCUUUUCUUUUUAAAUGAACAUGACAUGAAAUGCAGUCACACAGCUUAUUUUUUUAGUGAAAGUCUCUUAUAUUCUAAGUGUCACCGUGGACAGUAAUUGUAUAAUCUCUGCAGUUAAAUCCAGAGUUUGAAACGCUGUUAUCAUUGGCACUGAUGUAUUUCAUACACACUCAAGUACUUGAAUGAAAGACAGAGGUCUGUUUUUUUUGUUUGGUUUGUUUUUUUGGCCAAAGACACCUUUACUCUUUGAGGACACAGUUUCUACCUCUUGGGUUCCCUUUAGCCAUUCACACUCAUAUAUAUAUAUAUAUAUAUACAUAUAUAUAUUCACAAUAAAUUCACUCCUACUAUUAAAAAGCCAACUGGUAUUCUCUGUGGGUUUUUUGUUUCUGCCAAGAAAACAAUUUCCGGCUGUUUCACAGAAAUCUGCCUGCUGAGGAGCGACAAUUGAAACCUUUUGUGAUCGACACAUUUGUCAGUUGUGAUGUGCAACACCAUUUUCAUGAGUGAUACAAUCAAUGACUGUGUGAAACACCUGUUUUGUACUUGGAGUUUUAAGAUAAGGCGUGCAGAGUUAAUGCGUAUCAAAGUGAUGGUACUUCUCUGUUUGUUGGUCAUUUUGAAAUAUGCUACCUUUUGUGUGCAACUGAAAUGUGUGCACUGUAUGUCGUCAUCUCAGGAAAUCAGUGUUAAGGUAAAUGUAAUGAGUCCAUGACAUUGUACUGAUUUGUGUCAAAUAGAAUUCAGUCAAUAAACUUCGCAGUAUAAAUACA